AUGGAUUCCAGGUUGAUUAAGAAGCCCAAAGCGCUGCCCAAGCCCCAGCUGCUGCUGAAAGACUACCUGCUGGACGAUAUGAGCUCCUGCUCAUCCAACGGCUUCAAAUCAUUCCCCAGGAGGCAAUGCUGCACAAGCACCGUCCGAUUCUUCGUCGACCCUGACCACGGCAGCAAGCGGAGGAGGAAAUUCCUCCCCGAUUUCGACAAAAUCCGGGCGGCGCCUCGGAAGUCCCCCGCGAAAUCCCCCGCAAUCGCCGCGCUCCGGCGCAUCAUCUCCGCCGUGAAGCGCCUGCCCUUCGCGGCCGACGGACCGAAGGAGAGUAAGGACCUCCGGAGGUCGAUGUUCCUGCCGCGGAACCUCUCGAGGAAGAUUUUCGAGAGAGGAAGCUUCUGGAAGAGGAAAUCGAGCUCGGGCCGGGAAGAGGUCGGGAGGUUGAAGUCGUUCGAUCAGCUGAUGAAGGAGGAUUCUCAGCCGUCGGAUGUUCCCGACAGCUUCACGGCGGCGACGGCGGGUGACGGCGGCAACGAGUGUUCGAGCGGUAACGUGGUUACUACUACUACAACUACUUGCGAGGUGAAUUUGGAUUUACCAAACGACGCCGUAGGGCUGGUAGAGAACGGCGACGUUUCAACUGACUCAACUACCAGUAGUAAUGCCAGCAGUACAGCCACCGACGGUAAUACAGAGAACAAGCAAUGGUCAGUUAGUGAAGACAAGGAACAGUUCAGUCCGGUAUCAGUGCUCGACUGUCCAUUUGACGAUGAUGACGAGGUUUCCUCUCCUUAUCGACACCGGCUCGAUUGUACAGAUGGAACUCAGAAGAAGAUCGAGAAGAAAAUGAAGAGAUUCGGAUGCCUUGAACAGCUCGAGCCAGUGAGCCUCGCAAAACAAUUUGAAUGUCCCACCAAAAAAACAGUACCGGAAAUCGAAGGCGAACAACUUGAUGUGGAGGAAGACGAAAACCGAGCAGAACAAAAGGCACUGAACUUACUCAACGAAAUGGCAAACAGUUUACUAUCAUCGCCCGGCAUCAAAAUGAAGGCAGAAAAAUUGCUCCUCGACUUCUUUAAUGAAAAAAUCAUCAACGAAGAACAAAGAAACACGCAUUCUCAAAACCCGUGCCGCGGAAGCUCGUUCGCCGAGGAAAUCUUAGACGAGGCGGAAAACUGGGUGUACGAAAGAAAGCCGCGAGAGUUGUUUCUUGGCUGGGAAGUUCCGAGAAACCGAUCGUCUUACGUUAAGGACAUGGAAAACUCGGACAGGUGGAAAUCGUUCGAUCGGGAGAAUGAUGAGGUGGUAUUGGAGUUGGAAGCUGAGUGCACUAUUUGCGGUCGAUCUGGACACGACGCCACGAUUUGUUUUCGCGUGAAGACCUGCCCCCAUUGCAACCGGACGGGUCACGAUCCGCGUCGUUGCUUAAAAGUAGUUGGGUAUCCUGUAGGAUGGUCCGUCAAGAGUCCAGCAGCUCUUUCUACCGACGCGUUUCCGGCGGGACAAGGUCAAUCGAUCGGUGCCCCUCUUUCUACCACUGGAAAUGACCGACGACUUCCUUCAGCUUCUGCCAAAGCCCACGCUACUCAUAUUGUUGGGAUAAAUUAUUUUGGGCCUGAUCAUGUUGGGCUUGGACUUGCUGAUUCUCCGAUUCAAUUUGGCUCUUAUGGGGCUAAUUCUGUCCCCGCAUAUACAGGUUUGAGUCCGGAUUAA